AAGCCCCGCUAAUGUCAAAAGUUGCUCAUUUCAUGACAGAUAUCAAAAUCAUAUGUUUUUCUCCAAAUGGGUCCAAACCGCGGCAAGUAAUGCCCUCAAUAUUCGACUAUUUCACCAACUCAUCCAUAAUUGAUGGUCUGCUCAUUUACCUGAAUACUUUGGGAGUGUAUUUAUCGGAUACAGUUGAAAUACUACGAGAACCAGACCAGCUGACAGCAGGUGUGUUGGAUUUCCACGAUUUCCAACUGGGAUUACUCCAGAUUUUCAUUGGGAUUUUGCUGUUUAACUUGCUGCUGGUUUUUCUGGCCUGGCAGCGAUACGGCAACGAGAUUCAUGAUCGAUUUAUAAAGCUAUCUAGUACAAAAGAGAUUGAAGAGCUGAAGGCAAGCGUCGCCAAACUUAAGCUACCCAAAGAACACACCCCAAGAAUUUAACAUGUCGGAGAAAAUAGCUGAUAAGGUGAAGAAUUUCUUCCAAAAAGCGAAGGCCGAUGCGAAGUUCAAAAAGGCAGGGCCUGGUCGAAAGCUCACCGAAUCGCCAUCAUCCUCCACGUCCGCUGUGUCUUCUCGAAAGAAGGGCGAGUAUGUGCCCCCUCAAAGAUCCACCCCAUCGGACGUAACCAGACAGUCUGCAGCUGCAGCAUUGGCUCGCAUGUCCGACCCGGAGAGAGGCACCAAUACCAAAAUAUCUUUGAGCACACUCCAGGACGUGGUUCGAAGGGAAUUUGACUCCCGAAACACAGACGCCACUGAGGUGCCUUCAGGGCCAAAGCAAACUGAAUCGGAGGCGUCGCCUCAUUUGGCUGUAAAAGGGGUGUACUUCAAAUGCCCAUUUGUUAGCGACGAGAUCUUAAGCAGAGAAGAGUGGAGGAUAAAAAUCAAGGAGUUCCUAAUGACGGCUUUAGAGCACGAGGCUGUUUUAACAACCUGUUUGAUUAUCUAUUCUUGCAAUUACAACAGAACAAAGGUACAAGACUGCGUGAACAUCCUCUGCAGAUACAUCGACAACAUUAUCGGCAAUCCAUCAGAGACGAAAUUUCACAGAAUCCGAUGCUCCAACGCAGCAUUUGCCGAUAAAGUCGUCCCAGUGCUUGGGGCCACCGAGUUCCUACAUGCCGCCGGGUUUCGACAGCAAAAACUGGAACACAAUGGCGCAGAGGAGGACUUCUUGGUAUGGUCCCAAGAAAAUGCAGAAGGAAUCGACACAUUGGAGAUUUUACGCGAUGCCCUUAAGUCGGAAAACCGAAUAGAGUUGGAGUUGGACAGAAAUACGCAAGUUUUAACUCCAGCGCAGGCGGCAGUCAACUUAGACCUGCCGAAAGAGUUCUACGCUAUAUCAGCCGAAGAAAUCAAACGGGAACAACAAACCAGGUAAUAAUUCAAGGUGCUUCAUGAGGAAAGUAGAAUUGUUUUAACGACGCAUUCUGCUACACAAAAAAAUCCCGUUCCCACGCAAAUAUUGCGAAAAUACAAAUUUUCACUGAUCAGAAUCAGAUUUCCCGAUGGCGUCUACUUACAAGGCACCUUCUCCAUUUAUGAAAAGCUUGGCGAUGUCUUCGAUUUCGUCCGAGAGAACUUGGAAUUCGACGGUUUGCCAUUUCUUCUAAAUCUACCAACGGGCCAAAAGUUUGCGGAAAAAGACCUGGAUGUCACGCUGGUUGAUCUUCGGCUGGUUCCUGCCACCAUUCUGAUUUUCCAAUGGGAUCCAAAAUUUGAGGAAGAAAUAAAAGCAUCUGGUAAUGUCACUUAUCUUAAACCAGAAGUUGUUCUGCUAAUGCAGCAGCUGUAAAAGCUGAUAGCGAAAAAUAUUAAUUUCUAACUAACCUAAACGAAUUUGAUAAGCCCAUAUUUUGCGAAGAAUAAUUGGUUUGGUUGGAAGAUUUAUGUUCGAAUGCGCGCAAAAAAUGUUCAGUUAAUCUCUUAUGCAAGUGUGAUACAAUGGGCGACUAAAACUAGUUAUUUAACGCAAUUUAGAUGAGCGGAGGCAGCGAUGUGUACAUUUAUUGUUUAAUGUUUUGAGAGAGCGUUUCUGUAUUAAUUAUGUUUGUCGCUGCUACAUUAUUGGACUACACAUUCUAUAAAUAUGUUAUGCAAAAUAAAUAUUGAUUUACUCAGAAA